CCAAUAAUAUAAAAAGGCACAAUCUCCCGUGGCGCCGUCCAUAUCCCAUGAACAGUUACACAGCAACCUCUGUUCUUGUAAAAUCGGAUCGCGUCGUGUGUCUCUUGUUUGUACAUUUGGCGUUUUGGGUUCCUGUUCUUGUUGGGUUCUUGAUUUCGUCGAAGAAUCUUGGGGACUGGUCGAGGUUGAGGAUGAAGUUCUGCAAGAAGUACCAGGAGUUCAUGCAGGCCCAGGACGAGAAGAAGAAGCUCCCCGGGGUCGGCCUGAAGAAGCUGAAGAAGAUCUUGAAGAGGUGCCGGAGAAGGGACUUCCCUUGUCAGUCUCAGAUGAUGGGCCUUUGCGAUGAAUCCAAGUCUCCCACCGAUGGCCAUGUCUGUCCUCAGCUAUGCCCAGUGUGUGAUGGGACCUUCUUCCCUUCUCUUCUUCAAGAGAUGUCGGUGGUCGUGGGGUGCUUCAAUGACCGGGCUAGGAAGCUGCUGGAGUUGCACCUUGCUUCGGGCUUCCAGAAGUACUUCAUGUGGAUGAAAGGAAAGCCCCAAGGAAAUCACGUCGCUCUCAUACAAGAAGGGAAGGAUCUUGUUGCUUAUGCACUGAUCAAUGCAAUUGCUAUCCGGAAAAUCCUAAAGAAAUAUGACAAGAUCCAUCUGUCUACUCAAGGACAGGCCUUCAGGUCUCAUGCCCAGAGCAUGCACAUCGAGAUCCUCCAAUCCCCAUGGUUGAGCGAGCUCAUGGCUUUUCAUAUAAAUAUGAGAGAAACCAAGAUGAACUCGAGGAAGGCCCCCGCACUUUUCGAGGGUUGCUCGCUCGUAUUCACUGACGGAAAACCAUCACUAUCUUGUGAAGUUUUCGAUUCCAUCAAGCUUGACAUUGACUUGACUUGUUCAAUUUGCUUGGAUACUGUGUUUGAUCCAGUUUCUCUCACUUGCGGCCAUAUCUUUUGCUACAUGUGUGCUUGCUCUGCUGCAUCUGUGACCAUCGUUGACGGACUGAAAGCUGCAGGCCACAAAGAGAAAUGCCCUUUAUGCCGUGAGGCAGGAGUCUAUGAAGGCGCCGUGCAUUUGGAAGAGCUUAACAUAUUGCUUUCUAGAAGUUGUCCCGAAUACUGGGAGGAGCGGCUUCAAUCAGAGAGGGUCGAAAGGAUCCGACAGGUGAAGGAGCACUGGGAAUUCCAGUGCCGAGCAUUUAUGGGCGUCUGAUCAGCGGAAACGCAAUGCUUUCUCUCGUUAUAAGUCUGAUUUUGAGCCACGAAAACUUUUGUUUGCCAUUUGAUUGCGGGCCGCUGUUGUGCACGCUUUCAAUCUUUGGUUUAAUAUCAGUUGAAGCUCAUUUUCUUCCUGUGAUGAUGAUGGAAUAAAGUUUUGGUAACGCAAUCCUGUAUAUAUCGCUGUUGCUUGUUAGACAAGUAAAACUGUAUUAGUGUCAACAUUACAUUGUGAAUUUAGUUGUUUGACAAUUAAUAAUUUAUGCAAUUCUGCAAUGAUCAAAGAAGGGCUUUGGGUAAUUAUAUCUGAA